AACACCUGUAUACAAUUUGUGAACAACUGAUAUUCAAAUAUCGAGAGAUUGAGAAUUUAGAUUGUGAACAUAGGAAUAUUUCUCUCGGUAAUUAUAGCUUAGAUGUUUUACAUGUUUCAAAUAAUAUUGGGCGUCCAAGGUACAAUUUAACUCGAGAACAACUUACAACAUUACGAAACUCUGGUUUAACCUGGAAAAGAAUAUCAGACUUACUUAACAUGUCUGUACGUACUCUAUAUCGACAUCGAAAAACCAUGUCAUUUGAAGAUAAUCGGGAGUUUCUCACAGACGCUGAGUUGGAUUCUAUGCUACAUAAUAUUUUGUCCGUAACUCCAAAUGCAGGUGAAACUUAUGUUCUUGGGAGUUUAAGAUCAAGAAACUUUCAAAUUGCACGGUGGAGAGUACGAGAAAGACUUCAAGCUAUUAAUCCCAUUCGGAUAAGUUUACGAAGAACACAUGCAAUUUGCAGACGAACAUACAGAGUGAAAGGCCCUAAUUAUUUAUGGCAUAUGGAUUCAAAUCAUAAAUUGACUACAUUUCGAUUUGUAUUUCAUGGAUGUAUCGAUGGAUAUAGUCGUUUAAUUAUAUAUUUGAAAUGUUUGCCAGAUAAUACCUCACAGAGUGUGUUAAACUUAUUUAAAAUUGGUGUUGAAAAGUUUGGACUACCAGUAAGAGUUCGUGGAGACCAUGGAACCGAAAAUAUUCUUGUUGCAGAAUAUAUGUUAAAUGAACGUGGCAUUAACAGAGGAAGUUACAUAACGGGGCGAUCUGUUCAUAACCAACGCAUAGAGCGAUUAUGGGCAGAAGUAAAUAGAGUUGUCUCUAAACAUUAUAAACAACUUUUUAUUUGGAUGGAAAAUGAGAGCCUAUUAGACGAGCUAAACGAGGUUGAUCUGUUUGCUUUGCGGUAUAUUUAUUUGCCUCGUAUUCAAAACAGUCUAAAUGAAUUUGUAAGUCAGUGGAACAAUCACAGUUUGAGUACAAUGAAUGGAUACACACCUCUACAAUUAUGGACUAUGGGAUUAGUUGGAAACAAUUCUGAUUUGUUGGAAGACGAAUUUUAUGUUCAAGACUCAGAAAUAUAUGGAUCUGAUCCAGAAGGUCCAAUUGUUAUUCAAACGAACAAUAAUGUUGUAGUUCCCUUGCCUGAACAACACUUUUUAGAAGUGGAAGAACAAUUAAGAAAUAUUGUAGCAGACCCUUUAGCAGAAGAUGAAAUGCAAGGUAUCUCACUGUAUAUUAGAGUACGUGAAUACAUUAAUUCAUGUUUGCAGUAA